UUCCCGUGUCACCUCGUCGAGCGAGCACGCGUUUUUACGUAGCCGUCGCGUUUAUCGGUAUAGUGUUCCGACCGUAUUUUCCGCCAACUCCCGCAAAGUGAAACCACCUGAAAGAUGGGUCGUAUGCACGCUCCCGGCAAGGGUAUAUCCCAAUCGGCGCUUCCGUACCGCCGCUCGGUUCCGUCGUGGCUUAAGCUGAACGCUGACGAUGUUAAGGAGCAGAUUAAGAAGCUCGGCAAAAAGGGUAUGACCCCGUCGCAGAUCGGUAUCAUCCUGCGGGAUUCGCACGGUGUUGCCCAGGUUCGGUUCGUCAAUGGUAACAAGGUUCUGCGUAUCAUGAAGGCCGUCGGCCUGAAGCCCGACAUCCCGGAAGAUUUGUACUUCCUGAUCAAGAAAGCCGUCUCGAUCCGCAAGCAUUUGGAACGUAACCGCAAGGACAUCGACAGCAAGUUCCGACUGAUUCUGAUCGAGUCUCGUAUUCACCGGUUGGCUCGCUACUACAAGAUCAAGGCCGUACUGCCACCAAACUGGAAGUACGAAUCAAGCACCGCAUCGGCUCUUGUCGCCUAAACAGGUGUUUUGCUGGGUGUCGUCGCUGAAAGGAUGUGAGAAAAUAUUCUUUCUGCUCGGUUUAUAUUAAAAGAAAAUAAAGAAUAAAAAACUAGGA